UGCCCCAGCCCCACGCCGACGACCACCAUGGCCGAGACCAACAACGAAUGUAGCAUCAAGGUGCUCUGCCGAUUUCGGCCCCUAAACCAGGCCGAGAUUCUGCGGGGGGACAAGUUCAUCCCCAUUUUCCAAGGGGACGACAGCGUCGUUAUUGGGGGGAAGCCAUAUAUCUUUGACCGUGUAUUCCCCCCAAACACGACUCAGGAGCAAGUUUAUCAUGCGUGUGCCAUGCAGAUUGUCAAAGAUGUCCUUGCUGGCUACAAUGGCACCAUUUUUGCUUAUGGACAGACAUCCUCAGGGAAGACACAUACUAUGGAGGGAAAGCUGCAUGACCCCCAGCUGAUGGGAAUCAUUCCUCGAAUUGCCCAAGACAUCUUCAACCACAUCUACUCCAUGGAUGAGAACCUUGAGUUCCACAUCAAGGUUUCCUACUUUGAGAUUUACCUGGACAAAAUCCGUGACCUUCUGGAUAUGACUAAGACAAAUCUGUCUGUGCACGAGGACAAGAACCGGGUGCCGUUUGUCAAGGGUUGUACCGAGCGCUUUGUGUCCAGCCCAGAAGAAAUUUUAGAUGUGAUUGAUGAAGGGAAAUCAAAUCGUCAUGUGGCUGUCACCAACAUGAAUGAACACAGCUCUCGAAGCCAUAGCAUCUUCCUCAUCAAUAUCAAGCAGGAGAAUAUGGAGACCGAGCAGAAGCUCAGUGGGAAGCUGUAUCUAGUGGACCUGGCAGGGAGCGAGAAGGUCAGCAAGACUGGAGCAGAGGGAGCUGUGCUGGACGAGGCCAAGAAUAUCAACAAGUCCCUGUCAGCCCUGGGGAACGUGAUCUCUGCGCUGGCUGAGGGCACAAAAAGCUACGUUCCGUAUCGUGACAGCAAAAUGACACGGAUUCUCCAGGACUCCUUGGGAGGAAACUGCCGGACAACCAUGUUCAUCUGCUGCUCACCGUCCAACUACAACGAUGCGGAGACCAAGUCCACCCUGAUGUUUGGACAGCGGGCAAAGACCAUUAAGAACACUGCCUCCGUGAAUCUGGAGUUGACUGCCGAGCAGUGGAAGAAGAAAUAUGAGAAGGAGAAGGAGAAGACAAAGGCUCAGAAGGAGACGAUUGCAAAGCUGGAGACAGAGCUGAGCCGGUGGCGCAGUGGAGAGGACGUGCCAGAGACGGAGCGCCUGGCUGGGGAGGAUGCUGCCCUGGGGGCUGAGCUCUGUGAGGAGACGCCCGUGAACGACAACUCAUCCAUCGUGGUGCGCAUCGCGCCUGAGGAGCGGCAGAAGUACGAGGAGGAGAUCCGUCGCCUCUACAAGCAGCUUGAUGACAAGGAUGAUGAGAUCAACCAGCAGAGCCAACUCAUAGAGAAGCUCAAGCAGCAGAUGCUGGACCAGGAAGAGCUGCUGGUGUCCACUCGAGGAGACAAUGAGAAGGUCCAGCAGGAGCUGAGCCACCUGCAGUCGGAGAACGACGCCGCGAAGGAUGAGGUGAAGGAAGUGCUGCAGGCACUGGAGGAGCUGGCCAUGAACUACGACCAGAAGUCCCAGGAGGUGGAGGAGAAGAGCCAGCAGAACCAGCUUCUGGUGGAUGAGCUGUCUCAGAAGGUGGCCACCAUGCUGUCCCUGGAGUCUGAGUUGCAGCGGCUACAGGAGGUCAGUGGACACCAGCGGAAACGAAUUGCUGAGGUGCUGAACGGGCUGAUGAAGGACCUGAGUGAGUUCAGUGUCAUCGUGGGCAACGGGGAGAUUAAGCUGCCGGUGGAGAUCAGCGGGGCCAUCGAGGAGGAGUUCACUGUGGCCCGACUCUACAUCAGCAAAAUCAAAUCCGAAGUCAAGUCUGUGGUUAAACGGUGCCGGCAGCUAGAGAACCUCCAGGUCGAAUGUCACCGCAAGAUGGAAGUGACUGGGCGGGAGCUCUCAUCCUGCCAGCUUCUCAUCUCCCAGCAUGAGGCCAAGAUCCGCUCCCUGACGGAAUACAUGCAGAGCGUGGAGCUCAAGAAGCGGCACCUGGAAGAGUCCUAUGACUCCCUGAGUGAUGAGCUGGCCAAGCUCCAAGCCCAGGAAACUGUGCAUGAAGUGGCCCUGAAGGAUAAGGAGCCAGACACACAGGACUCCGAAGAUGUGAAGAAGGCCCUGGAGCUGCAGAUGGACAGCCACCGGGAGGCCCAUCACCGGCAGCUGGCCCGGCUCCGGGACGAGAUCAAUGAGAAGCAGAAGACCAUUGAUGAGCUCAAAGACCUGAAUCAGAAGCUCCAGUUAGAGCUGGAGAAGCUUCAGGCUGACUAUGAGAAGCUGAAGAAUGAAGAACAUGAGAAAAGCACCAAACUCCAGGAGCUGACAUUUCUGUAUGAGCGACACGAGCAGUCCAAGCAGGACCUCAAGGGUCUGGAGGAGACAGUUGCCCGGGAACUCCAGACCCUCCACAACCUUCGCAAGCUGUUCGUUCAAGACGUCACGACUCGAGUCAAGAAAAGUGCAGAAAUGGAGCCCGAGGACAGUGGGGGGAUUCACUCCCAAAAGCAGAAGAUUUCCUUUCUUGAGAACAACCUGGAACAGCUUACAAAGGUUCACAAACAGCUGGUACGUGACAAUGCAGAUCUGCGUUGUGAGCUUCCUAAGUUGGAAAAACGACUUAGGGCUACGGCUGAGAGAGUUAAGGCCCUGGAGGGUGCACUGAAGGAGGCCAAGGAGGGCGCCAUGAAGGACAAGCGCCGGUACCAGCAGGAGGUGGACCGCAUCAAGGAGGCCGUUCGGUACAAGAGCUCCGGCAAACGGGGCCAUUCUGCCCAGAUUGCCAAACCCGUCCGGCCUGGCCACUACCCAGCAUCUUCACCCACCAACCCCUAUGGCACCCGGAGCCCUGAGUGCAUCAGUUACACUAACAGCCUCUUCCAGAACUACCAGAAUUUGUACCUGCAGGCUGCACCUAGCUCCACCUCAGAUAUGUACUUUGCAAACUCCUGUACCAGCAGUGGGGCCACAUCUUCUGGAGGCCCCUUGGCUUCCUACCAGAAGGCCAACAUGGACAAUGGAAAUGCCACAGAUAUCAAUGACAAUAGGAGUGACCUGCCAUGCGGCUACGAGGCUGAAGACCAGGCCAAGCUGUUCCCUCUCCACCAAGAGACGGCAGCCAGCUAAUCUCCCACAAGGGCUGCUGCAUACCUGCACUUUCAGUUUCUAAGAGGGACUGAGGCCUCUUCUCUCAGCAUGCUGCAAACCUGUGGUCUCUGAUACUAACUCCCUCCCCAGUCCUUGUUGUUCGACUGUACUAUGUUUGAUGUCUUCUCUUACUCUGUAUCUCUUUGUACUCUGUAUCUAUAUAUCAAAAGCUGCUGCUAUGUCUCUCUCUUCUCUCUGUCAUACUCU